CUGUCCGACAAAAUGACGCCCCUUUUCCGCGUGCUCUGUUCAUUGCUCGCCCUACUUAAUUUUGUCACUCCAGAGGAAAUUUUACCAACCAAGGAGACAGACAGCCCUAUUUUUUACUAUGGAUUUAUAAAUAAUGAGGUGUAUCAACAUUACCUGCCGUCAAGGUAUUCCAACGUGUUGAGAGAUAGAGACUCCAUAAGAAUGUCCUGCAAUAAAGGCUACACCGUGGCAGUCAGAAAGGCGUCCAUAAUAGACCUGAACGAGGAAGAAAAUGACUACAAAAAUAUGGCAAAGGAAAUAUGCUCCAAGAAGGAACAAUGUCAGAUCGACGUACGGAAAUUCAAAAGGAACACUAAGAACCCCCACCUGGACUUUUCUUCAGAACUAGCCAUAGAAUACAUCUGCAUGAGUUCUUAUAAAAACCUCUACGAUGGAAAGGCCUUCCACCAAGGAAACAGCAGUGAAGUGACAAAGUUUAUGUCCAUUUCGAAGGCGUUAGAGGCUUGCACCUUAAACAACUGUAAAUACGUCAUAUGGAAUGAUGAGGACAAAAGGGCCGUCAUCUGCAAUUCGGACAAUUUGGACCAUUUUGUAGAAAAGAAGAACAACGUAACGUAUAUGAACCCUGCCAAUUUCUACACCCCGGGAUAUGCGACCUUCUUAAAUUAUAUGUCUAUCUGCGACCAUGUUUUGAAAAGCGCGCCCUACAAUUUGAGCACCCCCAAAUCUGUGGACGUUUGCUCCCACUUGGAUUGCGACUACUUCACAAGAAGUAACUCCCCAGAGGGUCGUCAUCGCUGCGAUUG